UGAAAAAACCAAGUACUAAUAUACCAUCUCCAAACACAGUUAUCUCUCUCUCGUAUAUAAAUGUUAUUAUCGUUUCCCAUUUCCUUUCAAGUUUUAACAACAAAUCUUCCUAGAAAAUCACCAUGGCUCAACCACGAACACAAACACAAGAGAAAUCGCCACACCUGGCGAUUCUUCCUUCUCCAGGGAUGGGCCACCUGAUCCCUCUGGUGGAGUUGGCGAAGCGGCUAGUCGGAUACCACCGCUUCACCCUCACGAUCGUGGUCCCCACCGACGGACCUCCUGCGAAGGCCAUGAAAUCCGUUCUCGAAGGCCUGCCGGCGGCCAUAGACCAUGUUUUCCUCCCUCCAGUCAACUUCGACGAACUUCCAGAAGAUUCCAAGCCCGAGACGCUCAUCGCCGUCACCAUCUUCCGUUCCCUCCCGGCCCUUCGCCACGCGCUCACUUCCCUCGCCUCACGCGUCAGCCUCGUCGGCCUCGUCGUCGACAUCUUCGGUACGGACGCCUUCGACGUGGCGAGGGAGUUACACAUAUCGUCCUUCGUUUUCAUCGCCUCCUCCGCCAUGUCAUUGUCCCUGACCUUAUACUUGCCUGAGCUGCACGAAACGACGUCGUGCGAGUACUGGGAACUAACGGAUCCCGUCAAGAUCCCGGGUUGUCUCCCUAUUUCGGGUAAGGAAUUGCUCGACCCGGUUCAGGACAGGAGCAACGAUGCCUACGAGUGGACCCUACAUAAUGCCAAACGGUGUCGUUUGGCCGAUGGAAUUAUGAUCAACUCGUUCAACGAGCUGGAGCCAACGGCAAUUUGGUCUUUGCAGGAGAAGGGGGCCGGUAAGUUACGUGUCUACCCCGUGGGUCCACUUGUCAAUGUGGAGCCGAGCACCAAGGUUGACGAGUCGAAUUGUCUAACGUGGCUAGAUGGCCAAGCACAUGGCAGCGUCUUAUUCGUCUCUUUCGGGAGCGGUGGGGCCCUUUCUUCCCACGAGAUGUAUGAGCUGGCGUUGGGAUUGGAGAAGAGUAGGCAGAGGUUCUUGUGGGCGGUGAGGAGGCCAAACGACAAGACCGCGAACGCCACGUACUCACGGGUUGACAAUCAAAACGACUCGCCGUUUGAUUUCUUACCUGAUGGGUUUCUGGAUCGGACCAGGGAUCGAGGCCUGGUGUUGUAUUCUUGGGUUCCACAGGCCCAGAUUCUAAGCCACGGCUCAAUCGGUGGGUUCUUAACCCACUGCGGUUGGAACUCCACUCUCGAGAGUGUGGUCAACGGCGUGCCUCUCAUCGCUUGGCCUCUUUAUGCUGAACAGAAAAUGAACGCUUUCAUGUUGACUGAAGACACAAAAGCGGCUUUGAGACCAAAGGCGAAUGAAAACGACAUCGUUGAGAGGGAGGAGAUUGCGAGAGUGGUUAAGGCUCUUAUUGAUGGAGAAGAAGGGCAAAAGCUGAGGAACCGAAUGAAGGACCUAAAAAAAGCGGCUUUAGAGGCUGUCAGUGAAGAUGGGGCUUCUACUAAAGCACUUGCUGAAGUGGUUUAUAAGUGGAAGAGCCUGAUAUGCAAUUAGAUUUACCGACUUAGAUCACUUGCAGUCUAGUGUAAUAUUGCUUAUUGCCCUUUUACAACUUUAUCUUUUUUUUCUU